CAUUAAAAAACAAACAAAAAAAGUCUUUUCUGACUGCAUCUGCACUCUUGUUUUUUCAUCUUCUGCUUUCAUCUAUUGUCAUGUAAAACAGUACUAGACCCUUGUUCUUUUUCACAAGCUCAUUGCAUGAAGAUGAAGAUGAACAUGUCAACUUCCAUCGAGUCUAAAAACCAUAGAUUAUGUCUUCGCCGAGGUCUCCCUUUAUUAUGCCUACUUUCAGCAGGUUUUUUUAUUGGGAGUGUACUUUUGUUCGCAGAUUAUAAUCAGAAGAUUUCAGGUUGGACAUCGGUGAAUGUUGUUCUACGGGACACAAGACCGAAGACUUGCGAGACUGAAAAGAGGCCUAAAGGAACUGAGACGCUACCUAAAGGUAUUGUGUCUCCAAUGUCCGACAUGGAAAUGCGAUCGUUAUGGGGCGACGACAAAAAGAAAACAAAGAAACCAAAACAUGUGCUAGCCAUGGCAGUUGGAAUAAAGCAAAAACUGAGCGUCAAGAAAAUUGUCCAGAAGUUUCCAUCAACUGAUUUUGUUCUGAUGCUUUUCCAUUAUGAUGGCAUCAUAGAUGAAUGGAGAGAUAUGGAAUGGCAUCAUCGUGCUAUACAUGUAUCUGCCAUAAAUCAAACUAAGUGGUGGUUUGCAAAGCGAUUCUUACACCCGGAUAUUGUUUCGGAGUAUGACUACAUCUUCCUGUGGGACGAAGACCUUGGAGUUGACAAUUUUCAUGCUGGAAGAUAUCUUUCGAUCAUUAAAGAAGAAGGGCUUGACAUAUCACAGCCGGCACUUGAUCCAGAAAGUUCAGAGGUGCAUCAUCAUCUUACGACGAGAAAACGUGGAUCAAGAAUACACAGGAAGGUGUUCAGGAUAAUCGGUCAGACAAGGUGUGAUGAAAACAGCACAAGGCCUCCAUGCACAGGAUUUGUAGAAAUGAUGGCUCCGGUUUUCUCAAAAGCUUCCUGGCGCUGCACAUGGCAUAUGAUUCAGAAUGACUUGGUUCAUGGGUGGGGCUUAGAUUUUCAGCUCGGUUACUGCGCACAGGGUGAUCAAACCAAAAGCAUUGGGAUUGUUGACUCCGAGUACAUAGUUCAUUAUGGUCUUCCUACACUAGGAGGCUCUGCGUCAGAAAAGGCACAAUCAUCGUCCGAUCAAUCUGCUGGCAGACUUUCGGUAAAAAAAAUGGUCAUUUGUUGAGCUAGAGAGGUUCAAAAAUAGAUGGAAGAAGGCUGUUAAGGAUGAUGAACGUUGGACUGACACGUAUCAAUAAAUAACUGACGCAGAUGAAAUACUAGAGCUUUAUUUUGUGAUAAUUGAACUCGUUUGUGCAAGGAAGGACAACAAAACUGUGUUCUGUAAUAUACAACACUUACCAGAUAGUACCAGGUUCU